AUGUCGGUCAAUCCGUACACCUCUCUUCCACAAAUGGGAACGUGUACGAAGCUAAUUGAGAUCGAAUCAGCCAAAUUACUGAAAGGGUGCCUCAAGGACGAGUUGAAGAGCUGCGAGCUCCGGCGGUGGCAAGAGAAGGCGAAGAGGAUCAUCCAAUCGGUUCCGACGGCCACCUCUCAGGCCGUGGAGAGUGUAGAUCGGAACGACGCCGUCGUGUAUCCGCCGCAAUCGCGGGAUGAGGUGAAGAGGGUCAUCCAAUCGCUUUCGAUGGUUAAGUUUUUGGUCAUGGAGAGUAUUCCCAUAGAUCCGAACUACGCCGUCAGGUUCCUCAACAAACAGUCGGCGCAAAGAAAAAUUAAGAAGACAAAUUUCGUUACUUGCAGUGAAUUUGUUGCGAGUUGCGAGAGAUCCGUGACUGCGAAAAAGCUUUGUGACAAACAUGUUUUUUUUAGAUGA